UCUCUUUAUUAAUUUUGACCAUAGUUUGAGUUAACAAUGUUCUGGGGUCCGCAAAGAAUACUGUGUUGAUUCUUCAAGAUAUUUCUCAGUCCCACUUUUCCAGUUCAUGUUACCACAUUUCUCAUUUGUUGGGUUGCCUCAAGCCUGCACUGCCCCAGCAUACUUCUACUUGGCCUCUUUGACUCAGUUUCUCCUCUAUGGCUAUAAAGCUAUCCGUCAUGAACUACCACUCAGGGUGAGGCUGCAUGGUAGUGCAGAAAGUGCUCUGGCUGGACAGCUUUGUUCUAUUCCAGUCCUAUAAAAGGUGGGGAAGUCAGGUAUGAUGUUAUUUAAGGUCCUUUACAGUUAAAAACUCAUGAUUCUAAGAUGUUCACACUCUGUGUGUCUCCCUUGUUUCUCUUUACUGAAUGUUCAAUGACCAAGAAGUCUAUGAGACAUUCUCACAGCAAUGGAAAGCAUGCUUUCUGGAAUCAGGUUGAAAGCUUUUCUCAACUACAUUUUAGCCAUAGGAACUUGGGCAAAUUGUUUUUGUCUCAGGAGCUUUGUUUGGUUUCAUUACCAGAAGCAGGGAAAUAAUUAUAAUGCCCACACUUCAAAUAGUUUGAGGAGUGAAAUAGUUAAGCUAUAUAAAAAGUGCUUUGUCAAAUGUAACUUGAGCAAGUGUAGUAAUUGUUUCUUGUACUGAUAUAAAUGCUAUACUACUACAUGAGUGUAUCCCUGGACCUGAGGUUACUCAAGUACAAUUUUAUUUUUGAAGAAAUGAAACUAAGAUCUUUCAUAGGUUCAGAAGAUAAUUCAUGAAUCUGUUUACUUAUACAAACUGAUGAAAAGUGUUAACAAUUUGAGGCAAGAUUUUGUUAUAUCUCCAAAGGUUGACAUAUUUGACCAGAAAAUCUGUGUUUUACAUUGAGACACAAUGUUUCACUUUCAUUUUUUCAUUGUGACAUCAAGACAAAAGAGAUAUAACUAAUGUUAUGUGACAUUAAUUUUUUUGUUUUGUUUUGCUCUUGCAAAGAAGAACAGGAGCUGGGGAAUUAAACAGAAUCACCUCAGUAAGAUUAUAAGCCUCUUUAACUCCACAUGACCUUGUCUGUAAAAGUGACAGUAAUGAGAUUUGCCUUAGAGUAUGUAGGAAAACAUGAGAAAUGUAUGUGAUGGAUGUAAUACACUGCCUCACCAUAGGAAGUAUCUGACAAAUGUUUAUCUUGUUCUUUCUUCUGUAGAACUCACAUUUUCAGGCUCCCAAUUCUGGGAAGACUGCAUUAGUGAGUCUGCAUUUCAUGCAACUAAAUUCAGACAAACGUGUUCUAAUGUCUCUUUCUCUUAAGGUCCUUACACCUCUGAAAUGGUACCAGAACAUAAGGCAUCCGUACCCUUCCUAUGGUUACGAACCCAUGGGUGGAUGGCUGCACCACCAAAUCAUUCCCAUGCUGUCUCAGCAGAAUCUCCCGAAUCAUGCCCUACAGCCUCAUCACCACAUCCCUGUGAUGCCAGCUCAGCAGCCCAUGGUCCCCCAGCAACCAAUGAUGCCUGUUCCUGGCCAACACUCCAUGACUCCAACCCAACACCACCAGCCAAACCUCCCUCUGCCAGGCCAGCAGCCCUUCCAGCCCCAGCCUGUCCAGCCACAGGCUCACCAGCCCAUCCAGCCCCAGCCACCCGUGCACCACAUCCAGCCCCUGCCACCACAGCCACCUCUGCCUCCGAUGUUCCCCAUACAGCCCCUGCCCCCCAUGCUUCCUGACUUGCCUCUGGAAGCCUGGCCAGCAACAGACAAGACCAAGCGGGAGGAAGUGGAUUAAAAGAUCAGAAAAUGAGAGGAGUAGCUAUUUCAGUUCCUUUUAGGAAUAAUGCAAGUACACAAUGAUUUGUUCCUGCAGUAGGCUUACCAGUAAAUUCUGUUAAAAAAAAAAAAAAA